AUGCCCUCCAACAAUCCCGGAAGCAGGAGCCGAGAGGCACAGCAUUACCACACCCAAGCCACCGGCGGGCCGCCCUCCAACGGUUCAGACUCCCCGUGCCCGCGGCCGGUUCUCGCCUCCCCCAGUGGGGUCAGGGAGACCAAGCGCAAGGAGCCAGCGGAUGUGUCCGACUACCUAAAUAACCUAGGACGUCCGCGCAAAGGCCAGCCGCCGCCAGAGAUGCACCCCGCGAUCCAAGACGACCGUAGGCGCCGGCAGCUAGCUGUCGAUGCCGCCACCGCUCCUCUCGCUCUCGCCAGCGAGGCUCCAAGCCCUUCUCCUGCGUUCCCGGGCAUCCCAGCCGGCGUCCCACCCACAAUGGGCCAUCCCGUUGCGCCCAUCCAGCCCGCGACGUCGGCCGCCCCGACCCCUGCCGCCCAACAUCCGGGGGCGGCGUAUGCGGACCGAGGUCAGGGACAAGGCCAGGGACUGCAAGCUGCAGCCUCGGCGCCUACGGCCCUCGGAUCCGGCGUCGGGGCGCCGUUCCCGGACUUCAGCCCGGCGUUUUUGGGGGGGUACCUUCACGGGCUGGACGACUGGGGAGAGGCGGCGGGCCAGGCCCCGACAGCAGUCCAGAUCCCGCAGCAAGCCCCGGUUCCGCAGCCACAGGCCCACUGCCAUGGCCCUUGGUUCGACUAUAGAUACCUCGGAAUCCACACCGGAGAUUACCACGAGGACGGAACGUUCAGGAUGGAGGGCUGUGCCGCCGUUAUCGAUAGCCGACCAGGGCUAGAGCAUACCUUGGUAUCCGGGGAAUACCUCGGCAGGAGCAGCAACCUGUGCACGGUCCCAGUCCCUUCGCGAUACGGAGGCGGCCGCCAGAUAACCAUUGUUGUUGGGAGAGAAUCCCACCCCGUUCACAUGAUCAAUGCCCUGGUCGCUACCGAGCUCGAAACCGACGUAGUAUUAUGCGGCAAGGACGCCGUCAUGCUUGGCUACCAGGUCCCAGGCUUCUCCGGUGGGCCGUCAUAUGAAGCCGCCAUGGACAGCAUGCCUGUUGACACGGAAGGUAUCAUGGCGCCCCCGGCUCCCCCUCCGAUGCCCGUACCGUCGGGCGACGGACCAAUCGGGUGGGUCUGGAACGGCUUGAACCCGAGCGCCCCCACCGCAUUCAACGAGCACGCCAUGCCUGACUCGGACAAUGGAUCGAACAACUUCUCCAACGAGGACCCCUUCGUCGGCCACGACCCCUACGUCGGCCACGACCCCUACGUCGGCCACAACCCCUCGGCCGGCUACGGUGGCUCGGUGUAUAACAGUACCUCCGCCAGCACCGACACCUCGUUCGGCGUCGAGUUUAUCGACGUGGAAUCCAUCGACGACAGCAUCUUUGACGAAUUCAUCAACUACGACUAG